AUGGAUGACAAUAUCAAAUCAUUUAUAUCAUUCACAGAAAAAGAAAAUUUUAAUCCAGAAAUCAAAUAUGGAAGCUUUUUCUUUCCAAACCCAUAUUUAUUAUAUUCAUUACUUGAAAUAUGCUGUUAUUACGGAGCAGUAAACUGCUUCAAGUUUUUAAGAACAAAAUAUGAUUCAAAUAUAACUAGUACAUGUCUUGAUUUUUCGUUUUUGGGAGGAAAUCCAGAUAUCAUGAAUGAAUGCCUGAAAUUUUUUAUUCCAAAUCUAUCAAGCAUGAUGUUUGCAAUUAUAUCAAAUAAUAUUGAUUUUGUGACUUUUUUGAUGAAUGAAUUCUUAUUAAAGAUUGAUUUAGAAGAAUGCAUUAAAUAUAACAAUCUCCAAGCAUUUUUAGUUUAUUUAGAUCAAACAAAUCAAAUGAACAAGUGUUUUAUUUAUUCAUCAGGUUUUAAUAUCCCAUCGCUUUGUCAAUAUUUUCUUUCGAAUGGUGUGGAUAUAAAUACGAAAGACAAUUUUGGAAAAACUGCUCUUCAUAUUGCAACAGUUUACAAUAGCAUCGAAGUAGUAGAAUAUCUAAUUGAACAAGGAAUAAAUAUUAAUUCACAAGAUGAUGAAGGAGAAACUGCUCUUCAUUAUACUGUAUCAUAUAAUAGAAAGGAAAUUGCAGAAAUUCUUAUUAAACAUGGAAUUGAUGCUAAUAUAAAAGACAUGAAUGAUUACAAAGCAAUUGAUUAUUUAAAUAAAUAUGACUGCAACGAAACAUUAGAUUUCUUAUUUACAAACUUUGGUAUUCAUAAAAAUGAAGUAAUUCGUUCGGAAAACUAUAAUUUUAGUCCAGGAACUGCAGUUCUUUCUUUUUGUGAUUGUGAAAACGCAAAUGAACAAAAUGAUCUUAAAAUUACUCAAGAAAUAGAAAAUGCAAACCAAAAAAGACACAAUUCAUCAUGCAGAAUCUAA